AUAGACAAAUGGAUCCAAUUUCCUCACACACAAAAGUGACUCUCGCCCAUCGCCACAUCCACAUCGCGUCGACGAAGCGAGAAGACGGGGAAAAAGCACAUUUCCUUAAAGACUUUUCUUUGCCAAACCACUUUGAGUUAAGACUGACUGACGUUCUUUAUUGAAAUUUUGAGGUUUCCUUCGUCUCAAGGGGCCUCGUCUGCACCGAUCUGGCUGAAAAAUGAAGUUUUUGAUUGCAAUACGAACCUUUGUUGUAAUAUUUGGAGCUUCAGCUUUCACUAAGGCGGAUCAUCAUCACCUAACCCCCCAAGGAAAUGAGGAUGAUAAAGGUGUCAGCAUUGUGGAGAGUAUUACUGUUUCAAAUUUCAAUGCGAGUAGUCUAACCGUGGGUGGAAAUGAGAAAGAUGAAGAAACCAAAGACGGACAGAUUCAUAAUAAGACGACGAUGACGAGUAGUGUCAGCAGGAACAACAACAGUUCUUCUGAGCAACAACAAGAGCAACAUGUUUUCGAACUUGGGGAAGUUGAAAAUUCGACAAACUUUUCCGACAACUUCAAGGAUAAUGAACUAUCGACAGACCUUCUUCCUCCACCGAUUGGUUCAUUGUCUCAAUUUUCUGAUGAUAACUUGGAAACUUUAGCACCACCCGAGGUCCUCCCAAUUCUUCCUGACAUGGACGGCUCGUUGACAGAUACCGAAUCCAAUUACAGUGACGACCCCGAAGAAGAAAAUCCUCCCAGAAAGUCGACCCAUAAUAAGGGCAGGAACUUAUUAGAAGGGGAAAACAUGGAUACAGCCGAAUUUAGUAUUGGUAUUAUGCCAUAUUAUUGGCAUAGUCGACGCUAUCACAGACCGGACCCUGUGUGGUACCCUCCAAUAAAUACGCUUUACAACAAUGACUAUGACCGGAGACGGUAUCGUGGGUUUCCUGCGUUUGCUUAUCUUGGGGGGAAUCGUCAUCACCACCACCAUCGUCCCAGCCAUCAUCACCAUCAUCAUCACGGUCACUCUCACAGUGGUCAUUCUCACAGUGGUCACUCCCACGGUGGUCAUUCUCACGGUGGAGGUGGUCACGUUCAUGUAGGAGGAGGUGGUCAUUCGCACGGAGGUGGUGGUCAUUCCCACGGAGGAGGUGGAGGUCACUCUCACGGUUGACGACAUGGAGGUCAAAGAUUAACGAGAUCAUACAAACUAAAUAUCUCCCCAAAAUACUUAAAAAAUCUUUAUUACAAAAUAUAAAUAAAGUCAACUACUUAAAUUAUA